GGGGGGUGGGUGAGAGAGGGUGAGAGAAGAGGGUAAAAUAAGAGGGGAGAGAGGAGAGCCAGUUGUACCAUUGUAAAAGCGAAUCCCCAUCCAGGGGGGAAGUUAUGUUGAUGCCAUUGGAUUGCACUAGGAAAUGAAUUUUACUGGCUCGAUUCUCUCGCUUGGAUACGAUUGAUGCAGAAAAAACAGCGAUUGUAUCCCGACUAACUCCCUCUGUUGCUUCAAUUUCAUUCAUCUCGCUGCUGUGGUGGGGAAAAAUGCAUUGAAGGGGGAAAAAAUAGGAAGGUUUCUACACAGAGUGAGACAGGGACAGAGAGGGGGAGAGGACAUUUAACAGGGUGAGGCUUGGCUUGGCGAGAGACCCACUCAGCCUCUCGUGAAUUUCGGUCGAAUGACUAUUGAUGUCGAAGGGUUUUUUUUCGUGAACGACAGAAGCAAGGAUGUCUUCCAGGCUGGCCAUCCCCUCUCCAAAUGAACGCAGUCUCGAUCAUCAUGGGUCCCACAUGGACAGCCGUGGUGACCGGGGCCCCAGCUGGUCAAGCCGCUCCCUGGGGGCCCGGUGUCGCAACUCCAUCGCCUCCUGCACGGACGAACAGCCGCACAUCGGCAACUACCGGCUGCUCAAGACCAUCGGCAAAGGCAACUUCGCCAAAGUCAAACUGGCCCGGCACAUCCUCACCGCAGGGAGGUGAGUGGCAAUAAAGAUAAUCGACAAGACUCAACUAAACCCGACAAGUCUACAAAAGGUAAAUGUUCAAGAUUCAAGUGAGUUUAUUGUCAUGUGUCCCUGAUAGGACAAUUAAAUUCUUGCUUUGCUUCAGCAUACAGAACAUAGUAGGCAUGAAUACAGAACAGAUCAGUGUGUCCAUAUACCAUUAUAUAAAUAUAUACACACAUGAAUAAAUAAACUGAUAACGUGCAAA